AUGGUUCAAUCAAACGGAUAUCCUGCUGAAUCGCAUGUAAUUGAAACUGUUGAUGGAUAUCUUAUCACUGUGCAUCGUAUUCCGUAUGGGAAGACCCCUGAAGCAGGACCACGAGGGGAUAAACCAGUUGUUUUUUUGCAACAUGGUUUCUUAACGUCAUCAGGUGAUUGGGUAAUAAUUGGACCGGAUAAUGCUUUGGGUUACCUCCUAGCUGAUCAAGGAUACGACGUCUGGAUGGGAAAUUCGAGGGGAAAUACUUACUCGAGGAAUCACAUAAAGCUCAAUCCUGAUAAUUCUUCCAAAUUUUGGGAUUUUAGCUUCCACGAACAAGCUAUAUAUGACCUACCGGCUACAUUUGAUUACAUCUUGAAGAAAACUGAGCGGAAAAAGCUCAGCUACUUUAGGCAGUUUGACUACGGUCCAGCAGGAAAUUUGAAAAAAUACGGAUCAAUAACACCCCCAAACUACCCUCUUGAGCGUAUGACCGCUCCAAUAUCUCUUCAUUACGCUGACAAUGAUUGGGUGAUAGCUGUUGAGGAUGUCGAAAUAUUAAAGGCAAAAAUUCCCAAUUUUAUUGGUGCUUUCCGUGAGGAAGCAUUGUGA